AAAUUUGUAAAAAGAUUUAUUUUCAAAAAUACCUUAUUUUCAUUUAAGAAUAAACUGUAAAUUAAAAACAAAUAUAUAGUUUUUAGGUAGCUAAUAAGUAAGAGCAGCAACGAUAACCACUAAUUGCUAACUAAUUAACUGCAAUAUUUAGAUUUACUCAUUUAUUAUUAGAAAUUGUAUUCGAUGCAGGGAUUUUAAAAGACUAGCUAAUCUCCAUAGAGAAUGCAAGCCAAAAAAGACUCAUCUCUAAUUGUAGGUUAAGUGAAAUCAUAACAAUCUGGGGCGACCUGUUUAAUUCCUAGUGAUUCUGCAUAUACACUCUAUAAUUUCAUAAAGGCAAAGACUGCUAAAGAAACUAUAUCAAAGAAUAGCUAAAUUAAUACUUCUCACAGUAACCAAAUGGGUACGAGAAGAGAUAAAUCAGCUAAUAAUUCAGCUAGUAAAGAGAGGGCAAAUAGUGGGAGUUAGAAGCAUGGGUUGAAAAAUAAAUCAAUAUCUCCAUCAACUUAAAAAAAGACUUCAGCUGCUUUGAUGUCUACUUUGAAAUAGAAACUAAAAAACUAAAAUAGCCAGAAUGGAUUAAAUUAAAUUGCAUAAAAAAAAUAGCAUAACUAAUCAUCAAUUCAAUACAAUAGCAAUAGCAACAUAAAUUAAAGUUUAGGAAAUUAAUACUUUCCUUAGCAACCAAGCAUCAAUAGCAUUAUUUAGUAGUAAUGUUAAUAAAUAAAUAGAUAAAAUAUGCAGUAGUAGUUUCAAACUACCUCUCCUUAUCUUCAAAGUAAUUAAAAGCAUACAAGUUCUUCUGGCAUAGAAAGCAUUGAAAACCUGUUAAGUGCAACCAGUAAUGCAAAUAAAAAUACAUAAAGCAGUUAAGACUCAAAAUAUCCUUUAAAAAAUUCACUUUCGACUUCAAAUAUGAAUAACUAAAACGACAACAAAAGUUAAAAAAAGAAGUAGCAGCUUUAAAACAAUUCUAUAGCAUAAAUAUAUGGCAAGCAUAACUAAUAGAAUCAUCAUUAAAAUUAAUAGCAGUAAAUUUAGCAAUUAGCUUAGAUGACUUCGCAUUCAAUACCUAGCUCUUCACAGCGAAAGACAACUUCUAAUAAAAAUUUAUAAGUUAAUUAGUUUGGGAAUCAACAACUCUCUCAAUAGCAACUUGCAUAAUUAUAAUAUUAAAUUUAAAGCUCCACAGACUCAUCUAGUUCAUUGAAUAUAAAUUAAAUACAGGGUAUUUCCACUCUGUUUAAAUAUGAUUAACUUUAUAAAAGAAUUGAUACUUUUUGGAGUAGUAACAUGUACAGCUAUUAAACUGAUGAAACAAAUAUGAAGAGCUACUUCGAUAGCUUAUUUAGCAUAUUUGAGGAGUAUAAAAAUUAAUUAGAUAUGAAGCUUGUAGAUAUUUUAUUCAAAGUAUUUAUGAAUCCAAUAUAAAAAAUGAUAAUUGAGUUAGAGAAGUUAAACGAAGAUAAAUCUAAGCUGUUAAAAGACAAUGAAGAAAGAAGAAACGAAGCACGCUAACUGCUUUACUAAGUUGAGAUGCUUUAACAUAAAAAUGAUUAACAAACCGAUAUACUUAAAUAAAUAUAAGAUCAUCAAUUUCAUUCACCUCUUUUGGAAAAAUUAUUUACAGAAAAUUAAAAACUUAGCAAGCUCCUUGCUAAGUAAAAGCACAAAAUGCAUGAACUAAGAAAAAAAGAUGAAAAAGUGAUGAAACUGUUAUAUUUUAUUCGUAAAGAAGGAAUUGAUGUAGACAAAAUAUAUAAAUUGCAUAUGUAAACUCCAAGAAAUGAAACAAGCAGCGAAGAAGAUUCAUUUAUGCUAAUGAAUGAUAAUAACUUCGAUGAUCUUCAGUAGAGCUCUCAUAAAAAUAAUUUUAUAAACGAUGAUUAAUCAGAAGAAUAAAAUGGAUUAAAUGGAGAGGAACAAGAUCUGCUCGUAAAUAACGAAUAAAAUACAAUAAAUAACAACAAUAAUAAUCAUAAAAUAUACAACAACAAUAACAACUACAAUAUGUAAGGUAUACUGAUUUAAAAUUGA